ACGUGCUCAAGAUGCGCAUCGAUUGCGUCGUCGCUGAGUAAGGAAGCGCUGAGUGCGCCGCCAUCUAGUUCCAGGUCUCGAGUUGUUUUAAAAAACAAACAAACAAACAAGCAAAAACGGAAAGUAAAAUAAUCAACGACAAAACCGCGAGGACAUUCACCCGGUCCUACCCGACAGACGGCAGUGUUUAGUUGCUGGAAGCCGUGACGAAGACAUGUCGGAGACUUACGAUUUCCUGUUUAAGUUCCUGGUGAUUGGCAGUGCUGGCACAGGGAAAUCUUGCCUUCUACAUCAGUUCAUUGAAAACAAAUUUAAGCAAGACUCAAAUCACACAAUUGGUGUAGAGUUUGGUUCCAAAGUCGUCAAUGUUGGUGGCAAGACGGUGAAACUUCAGAUCUGGGAUACAGCUGGUCAGGAACGUUUCCGGUCUGUUACAAGAAGUUACUAUCGAGGAGCAGCAGGUGCACUUUUAGUCUAUGACAUUACAAGUCGAGAAACCUACAACGCCCUGACGAAUUGGUUGACAGAUGCCCGCACGUUGGCUAGUCCUAACAUCGUCAUUAUCCUUUGUGGCAACAAGAAGGAUUUGGAUGCUGAUAGAGAAGUCACUUUCCUUGAAGCCUCUCGCUUUGCCCAGGAAAAUGAGCUUAUGUUUUUGGAAACAAGUGCCCUAACAGGAGAAAAUGUAGAGGAAGCUUUUCUUAAAUGUGCCAGGACCAUUCUGAACAAGAUUGAGUCAGGUGAGCUUGACCCUGAGCGGAUGGGCUCUGGCAUUCAGUAUGGAGAUGCCUCCCUGAGACAGUUGAGGCAGCCGAGAGGAGUUGCAGCACAGAACAAGCAGCAGUGCAGCUGUUAGGGAUAGUGAAGCCGAACUCCCCCUCUUGCAGUCCUGGGAAAUGGUGCUGUGUCUCCUCUUGAUGGGCCUGAAACGAUAUGGCUGGAGGUGGGUGCUUUCUGGAAACGGACCCCCCCUUCCCCCCUUCAGGAUGACGAGCAUUGUGUGCCUGCAACUAUAUCAACCUUUGACCUUUCCAGCUCUCCGUCUGUGAUGGUGGGUCACCUAAUAAGGAGCAAAACCACAAUAAGGAGUUGAUCACAAUCACAGUUUUUGUAGGGUGGGGUUGGGGGCAGGAAGCACAGACAACGGGUGUUUGUUUGUUUGGUUUGGUUUUAUUUUUACUACAUUUUAUUUAAUUUUUUUUUUUUUUCUUCCUUAUUCCUUGUUGCUGGUUAACACAUCAGACGACAGGUAACCCUCAAUUGCGUUACCUAGAGAGCUGAAAACGGAUCACCCUGAAUUGGUACCUUGGACCACUUUGCCUCGCUUCCUGUAAAUGGCUUUUUUGGGCGGGGUCGGGGAAAUGGGCAUCUUGUUCAGGAAGGUUAAAGAAAGGGUUUCUACCUUGGUUUCUCGAAAGUUAACAUACAAAACUUUAAAUAGGUGACCUAAAUCCAGAAUCUGAUGGCAUUUAAGACCAGAGUCUCCGCUCAUUUUUUGGCCGAUCAGUGUUCCCAGUUACUGUAAUUCGGGCAAAUGUUUUGCUAUUGAGUUUUCUUUUUUUUAUUUGUUUGCCCAUUAACUUUUAAAGCUAAGGUACCGUCAUAUUUUAAGAUGGAAAAUGAUUUGAAAGAAAUUGUCUUUUCUGCAAAUUUGCCAUGUUUUUAAGUCAUACGUGUUAUAAAGUCCUACAUAUGUAUGUCACUUUUGAAAGGGUGGUGUGUUGAGAGGGCCAGUAACAAAAAACAAAACAGAUGAGCAAAAACUUAAGAAAGACCAACAGAAAGAAUUUUGCGUCUUUUGCAAUGACUGUCUGUGCAUUCCAGGCAUUUAGGAAUAGAAAAAGAGAACACAUUUAAAUUCCUCCUCGUUGUCAGUUUGGCUUUUGGAAGAAUGUUCCGGACUGAUCCUGUUGUUGUUCACGCGCCCGUCUUAUUUGUUUGCAGAAUUAAAGUGGUAGUUAAUGGAAGCUGAUUUGUUAAUAAGUUGUUAACAUUAAGCAUUUCUGUUCUUCAUCCAGCGUGGAAUCCACUUUGUGCUUCCCGGAAGUUUUCCUAUUUGCACUUAUGAGCCCCACGUUCACAUUUUUACAGAGCACUCUGCACCGCCAAUCCCCAUGUUCAUAUAUCAGAUGUUUCCUUGGAAGCCCCAAUCCCCGCCGUAUUUUCGGCGUAAUAAAAGUGCCGCUCUUUGCACCAGUGCUGACCCUCUUUUUCUUGAUUUGCGAAGGUAAAGCCCCAAAAGUCAAUGAGGAUGUCUUUGAAUGUUACUUUGAGGGUGUAGAAUAUCCUUUCUUUUAUUUUAUUUAUUUAUUUUUUUUUUUAAAAGCAAGUCCUUCAAAUUAGGCCAACUCUUGUGGAUGGGCCCAGCUGGUGGAGACCCACACACUGCUGUCCAGUAAGGCUCCGCACUAUUGCCCAGGGAUUGGACUUGUCUGUCGCUGGUUUUGUGUUCCCCUCUGGCAGCGACAUCUUGAAUGGAAAUAUGCCCGUCCCCUCCACACCCCCUACCCCUCACCUGUAUUGUUUUUACAGGCAGUAAUGAUAAACGGUUUGAUUUAAUUUUGCACCCUUACAGAAGACUCUCAGGUCUCCUUCUCCCACUCCUAUGGAUAGCCUGUAGAUUUAAAGCACAAAACAGGGGCAGUUUGAAUGACAGGAGACCCCCAGUGGAGUCUUACCAUCUCGAUCAGCACUGAGAAGCCAUCUGCCUGUUUGGGAAGAAUGUUUGCACUUUUUUGGGGAAUCCACAUUUAGCUGAGUGUGGGCUCUUUUGAGUCGCACAGAGGUGUUGCAUCGGCUGCAGUAUUUUGUUCAGUUUUGUAACGGUGCAUGUUGAUCCCAAAUGCACUUUGGUUUUUUUGGUUUUGUUUUUCCUUGUUCAUUGUACAUUCUGUAACCUGUGUCUAAUAGUAUAAAUAUCGAUAGCGUAGAUUUUGAGAAGUCUAAACAAAUCCUUAUUAAUGAAUGGGUGACUGAGGCAUGCUGUCGAAUCACUUUAGCGUGACUUUAAUUUAUUGGGCGAAAUCAUCAUUCUCUCUUUGGACGAUCUCGCGGUAGUAACCAAACACUGGGAUUUUAAGGCUGAUAUGUUGUCAGCGUACGAGGGGGGGGGCGGCGCUGCAUUCCCUUUUCAUUUGAGCUACCCCCCCACCCCCACGCAAAAGGCUCCAAACCUUCUCAGCACAACAAACGACUUCGCUGUUCUUGGCAGACACCCAUCCGCCGCCGCCGUCGUCGCAUUUAUUGUAUAUCUGCAUCUUUGUAAAUAUAUCUCAAGGGGUUGUGUGAGGAUGCUUUGUUGAAUUUCAUAUUUAACACGCGUAUCAUUUUGCAGUGGUUAUUUAUAACUGUCGUUGAUUGACAAUGCAUUGUGCAUUUGAUGAUCUCCCUCUUGAUAUAUUCUGUUGCUUGGCAGGUCUCCAAAUCCAAAAUAAAUAAUAAUGAAAAAAAAAAAAAAUAGACGAGCCACCCGGAGACUUUGCAAAACAAAAAAACAAGAAUCGGACUAAUGUGUGCAUUUGUGCUAGUGUGUGUGCGUGUGACACCAAAGUUUGAGUGUAAUACAUUGUCAAAGCAGAAUCAUUACUAAAACUGCAGAAAACAAUAAAGGUCUGUCAUUUUAUAACUCUU